AUGCUACGUUUGCAUGCGGGUGAUAGUAUAGCUGGAUUAGUGGCUUCAUCACCCGUCGAUCUGCAUCCGCUACUUGUAUGUCUCGUGUUUCAAAAUGGUCGAAUAGAAGUUGCAAGUACAAUUGAAGGCAACAUGCCUAUCGAUUUGACAUUAAAGCUUCUUAUAAAUGCACGAGACGUGUUUGACAGCCGAAAUGAAGAACCUGAUCCAACUAAUUUGCAGUUAACAAUUGUUUCUGGUGAAGGUUGGACCAUGUCGGAAAGUCUCUUAAUACCUAUCAUGAGAGAUACUGAAGAAUUUCGCAGAAUAGCUAAUGAGUUUAUGCAGAAUACGGAGCGUAUUGUGAGCAUCGAUAGAGUUGAAAAUCCAAUGUGGCUUGCUCAGUUUCUCAAUAAUAAAGAAUCUAUUGACGCUCGGCUCGAUGGUAUUGAAAGCGAACGACUCUUUGCAUUCACUUGUUCACCAUCAACAGCUCGACAGAUCCUUAAAAAAGGAUUUAGUGAUAGACUGAAAAGCAUUCAUGGUCGACAAUAUGGCUAUGGAUUUUAUUUUCCAUCUUUCUCUUCGUUCUAUUCAACGCAGAACGGUGAACAAACAAUGCUCGUGUGUCGAGUUCUUGUCGGUCGAAGUUGCCUUGGUCAUUGGACAAUGGAAACAUGUCCUUCAGGUUACGAUUCAACAACAAAUGAAUCAGGCACUUAUGUUGUCUAUUCAAAUCGACAUAUCUUGCCCAAAUAUCUUAUCACUUUCAGAUGA